UCCAGGGCCUAGACGCAGACGCACUGAGUUCAAGCAGUCGGUGAUGGCGGCAGCAGAGGCAGUGUCUGCGGCGGGUCCGGGCCCAUGAGGCGACGACGGAGGCGGGACGGCUUUUACCCAGCGCCUGACUUCCGAGACAGGGAAGCUGAGGACAUGGCUGGAGUGUUUGACAUAGACCUGGACCAGCCAGAGGACGCAGGCUCUGAGGAUGAGCUGGAGGAGGGGGGUCAGAUAAAUGAAAGCAUGGACCAUGGAGGAGUUGGACCAUAUGAACUUGGCAUGGAACAUUGUGAGAAAUUUGAAAUCUCAGAAACUAGUGUGAACAGAGGGCCAGAAAAAAUCAGACCAGAAUGUUUUGAGCUACUUCGGGUACUUGGUAAAGGGGGCUAUGGAAAGGUUUUUCAAGUGCGAAAAGUAACAGGAGCAAAUACUGGGAAAAUAUUUGCCAUGAAGGUGCUUAAAAAGGCAAUGAUAGUAAGAAAUGCUAAAGAUACAGCUCAUACAAAAGCAGAACGGAAUAUUCUGGAGGAAGUAAAGCAUCCCUUCAUUGUGGAUUUAAUUUAUGCCUUUCAGACCGGUGGAAAACUCUACCUCAUCCUUGAGUAUCUCAGUGGAGGAGAACUAUUUAUGCAGUUAGAAAGAGAGGGGAUAUUUAUGGAAGAUACAGCCUGCUUUUACUUGGCAGAAAUCUCCAUGGCUUUGGGGCAUUUACAUCAAAAGGGGAUCAUCUACAGAGACCUGAAACCGGAGAACAUCAUGCUUAAUCACCAAGGUCAUGUGAAACUAACAGACUUUGGACUAUGCAAAGAAUCUAUUCAUGAUGGAACAGUCACCCAUACAUUUUGUGGAACAAUAGAAUACAUGGCCCCUGAAAUCUUGAUGAGAAGUGGCCACAAUCGUGCUGUGGAUUGGUGGAGUUUGGGAGCAUUAAUGUAUGACAUGCUGACUGGAGCACCUCCAUUCACUGGGGAGAAUAGAAAGAAAACAAUUGACAAAAUCCUCAAAUGUAAACUUAAUUUGCCUCCCUACCUCACACAAGAAGCCAGAGAUCUGCUUAAAAAGCUGCUGAAAAGAAACGCUGCUUCUCGUCUUGGAGCUGGUCCUGGGGACGCUGGAGAAGUUCAAGCUCAUCCAUUUUUCAGACACAUUAACUGGGACGAACUUUUGGCUCGGAAGGUGGAACCCCCCUUUAAGCCUCUGUUGCAAUCUGAAGAGGAUGUGAGUCAGUUUGAUUCAAAGUUUACACGUCAGACACCUGUUGACAGCCCAGAUGACUCAACUCUCAGUGAAAGUGCCAACCAGGUCUUUCUGGGUUUUACAUAUGUGGCUCCAUCUGUACUUGAAAGUGUGAAAGAAAAGUUUUCCUUUGAACCAAAAAUUCGAUCACCACGAAGAUUUAUUGGCAGCCCACGAACACCUGUCAGCCCAGUCAAAUUUUCUCCUGGGGAUUUCUGGGGAAGAGGUGCUUCAGCCAGCACAGCAAAUCCCCAGACGCCUGUGGAGUACCCGAUGGAAACCAGUGGAAUAGAACAGAUGGACGUGACCAUGAGUGGGGAAGCAUCCGCACCACUUCCAAUACGCCAGCCAAACUCUGGGCCAUACAAGAAACAAGCUUUUCCCAUGAUCUCCAAACGGCCAGAGCACCUGCGUAUGAAUCUAUGACAAAACAAUGUUUUUAAUGAAUUUGAGGCAAAAAAAGAAAACACAACAAAAAAAUGGGAAGGGAUGUGAAGCAUCCUAUAGAAUGAAACAAAUCAAAAUGACAGUCUCAAAAGAGUCAGUUUCAUUACCUAGAACACUUUGGACAAAGGAGAGAUAAACAUGGAUUUUUAAAAAUCAAUCAAUGGUGCAAAAAAAAAAAAAAACUUAAGCAAAAUAGUAUUGCAGAACUCUUAGCUACAUUGAUUCCUAGCAACAUCUUAUCAACCUUAUCAAGGAUUUUUGUGUUGAUGGCUUGAAACUGACAGUAUUAAGGAUAGAAUGUUGCUUCUGAAUCACUAUUCCGAUUGUGUUGAAGAAGGGUUACCCUUUCACUGGGCAAAGUAUGAAAUUGCCUAUAAUACUUGCAACUAAGGACAAAUUAGCAUGCAAGCUUGGUCAAACUUUUUUCCACAACAUGGAAUCAAAGACAAAAGAAACUUAUCAAUUGAUGUUUUACGUGCAAACAACCUGAAUCUUUUUUUUAUAUAAAUAUAUAUUUUUCAAAUAGAUUUUUGAUUCAGCUCAUUAUGGAAAACAUCCCAAACUUUAAAAUGCGAAAUUAUUGGUUGAUGCGAAGAAAGCCAGACAAACUUCUGUUUCUUCUCUUGAUGAAAUAAAAUGCAAAUGAAUCAUUGUUAA